CUCUGUUUUUAACAAGUGAUGAAAUUUAUCUCAUCAUUCAAUCAUGAUUAAAACUUUCAAAAAGUUGCAAAAAAGAAAAUGCGAAUCAGAUUUCAUUACAGAAGCAGAUGAGUCCAGUUUUCCUACUUGGAAAUAAACAACUGUAAAAUAUGUUCAAAAACAUCCAUGGCAACUAUGCAGCUUUCAUUUCAAUUUGCAAGAAAAUUGUGUACAAACUUCACUUUCACAUACUUGUCUCCUACUGAUCUCAGCUGUGUGGAAUAUAAUUUCAUUCUUUUAUUUUUGAUAUUGUUUCUAAAUUAUUAUGUGCAUUUAUAUCUAUAUAUUCAGACAUCAAACAACAGAGCAGUGUGGUGUGGUAGGAAUUCUCAGAGAGUUGGCAUAUGGCUAUGGCCACCCUUUGCAGGGUUCUUCUCCUCCUCCUCCUAGGAUUUUCAGUAUACUUAAUAGGUGUGUGUAUUUUAGCUUCAUUCAUUUGCAUCCGAGGACUCGGAGUGGGAAUCAACUACGGCCAGAUCGCCAACGACCUCCCAGCCCCAUCACGCGUGGCCUACCUCCUGAGCUCCCUCAACAUAACCCGAGUCAAGCUCUAUGACGCGGACCCAAACGUGCUCUCAGCAUUCGCCAACACACAAGUAGAGUUUGUGAUCGGGCUAGGCAACGAGCUCCUCCAAAAGAUGUCCCACCCAUCCCAAGCCCAGGCCUGGAUCGAGCAACACGUGAAGCCCUACACGCCCCACACAAAAAUCACGUGCAUCACCGUUGGCAACGAAGUCCUCACAGGCAACGACACGCAGCACCUCAUCCCAUACCUCCUCCCAGCUAUGCAGUCAGUGAAUGCUGCUGUCACGAAUCUCGGCCUAAACAAGGAAAUAUCCGUGACCACAGCCCACUCGUUCGCGAUCCUGAGCAGCUCGUUCCCGCCCUCUGCAGGCGCAUUUAGGCCGGACCUUGCAGAGUACAUCCAAAGCUAUUUAAACUUCCACACACAGACUCACUCACCCUUCCUCAUAAAUGCAUAUCCCUUCUUUGCUUACAAGGCCACCCCGGCUGAGAUCUCACUUAGCUACGCGCUUUUCCAGCCCAGCCCGGGAACGAUAGACGCCACCACCAACCUGCACUAUGACAACAUGUUGUUUGCACAGAUUGAUGCUGUUUAUGCAGCCAUCAAAGCAAUGGGGCACACUGAUAUACAAGUCAAGGUCUCAGAGACAGGAUGGCCGUCUAAGGGGGACGUAGACGAGGUGGGGGCCACCCCGGAGAACGCUAGGUUGUAUAACAGCAACUUGCUCAAACGGGUACAGCAGAACCAAGGCACCCCGGCUAGGCCAUCAGUGCCACUCGACAUCUAUGUUUUUGCGCUGUUUAACGAGGAUUUGAAGACCGGCCCUGUCUCUGAACGAAACUACGGGUUGUUUUACCCGGAUGGCACUCCCGUGUACAAUGUUGGACUGCAAGGCUAUAUUCCUCCUCCUCGUAUGGAGUAUUCGUCUUCAAAGAGAAAUUUGCAGGGGAUGCGUUUCUCAAACUCGAUGCUCAUUCCCGUUGCAUUAGUUCUUCGUUUCCUAUAGCAAGAACGGGCCUAUCGAGUGCCCUACGAGUUCGAACAAGGAGGAUGAUUUCUGAGGUUUGUGUUUUUGACUUGUGUGUCCAAAAUAUUAUGAACCAAGAUGAAAAAUUUUGCUGACAUAAGUGAUAUGAUAAGAUAAUAUUAGUGUUUGCGGUAUUCAAAAAUGGAGAUUAGUAUUGUGAAAGGGGUUUGUAUUGUAUCUUUCACCACAAAAGUCUAUUUGGUGUUGGUGUUGCAUCAAGAAAGAGUCGUCAAUCACAUUUCCUGAUGUUGCAUUUCUUGUUUUUAUCUCCAUAUACUUUUCUUCAAAUGGAAUAUGUCACUUUGGAUGCUUUCCUUUU